AUGGCUCUGCAGGCGAUGAACGGGACUGUGCUGGAGGGGUCGGCGGGCUGUGUGGAGCAGGGGAACCUCAGCGUGGAAGUUACCGAGUAUAACAUCAGCUGCAAGAACAGCUCCGUCCUCACGAGACCGACCACCAGAGCCAGAGAGAUGGACUCGCUGCGUAUCCUCCUCUACUCACUCAUCUUCCUGAUCAGCGUCUUCGGCAACCUGCUGAUCAUCAUAGUCCUGAUCCUGAACAAGCGCAUGCGGACCGUCACUAACUCCUUCCUGCUGUCGCUGGCUGUCAGCGACCUGAUGAUGGCCAUCUUCUGCAUGCCCUUCACCCUCAUCCCCAACAUCUUAGAAGACUUCAUCUUCGGAGCCUCCAUGUGCAAGACCGUCACUUAUUUUAUGGGGAUCUCUGUCAGCAUCUCCACCUUCAGCCUCGUGGCCAUCGCCAUCGAGAGAUACAGCGCCAUCUGUAACCCGCUGAAGUCCCGCGCGUGGCAGACCCGUUCCCAUGCUUACCGUGUCAUCGCCGCCACUUGGGUGGUGUCGCUGCUAAUCAUGGUGCCAUACCCGGUGUUCAGCAACCUCAGGUCCUUCCCCAAGACCAACAGUACUGUCGGCCACAUGUGUCGCCUGCUAUGGCCCAGCCAGCAAGCUGAACAGACCUGGUAUGUGCUGCUGCUGUUCACGCUGUUCUUCAUCCCGGGAGUGGUGAUGAUUAUAGCCUACGGUCUGAUCUCCAGAGAGCUCUACCGAGGCAUUCAGUUUGAGCUGGGCCAGAACAGAGAGACCACAGGCCAAAAGAACGGGGUAGGCAGGGCUCUGGUAGGGUCGAGUGACGACGACGAUGGUUGCUACAUCCAGGUGGCUAAAAAACCCUCCUCCGCUGUGGAGCUCCCCACUCUCUCUGCCUCAUCUGGCGCCACCCAGGCCAAGACCGAGCGCGCCCGCAGUAACACCUCGGAGGCCAAGCUGCAGGCCAAGAGGCGAGUCAUCCGCAUGCUGAUGGUGAUCGUAGCACUCUUCUUCAUCUGCUGGAUGCCUCUGUACUCAGCCAACACCUGGAAAGCCUUUGACAUGAAGUCAGCCUCCAAAGCCCUCUCAGGUGCACCCAUCUCCUUCAUCCACCUGCUGUCCUACACCUCCGCCUGCGUUAACCCCGUCAUUUACUGCUUCAUGAACACACGCUUCCGCAAGGCCCUGCUGUCCACCUUCGCCUGCUGCUGCCGCAACAGGCUGUGCCGCCAGUGCCGGUGGUGCAGGAGGAGGGAGGCGGGGGAAGACGGCAUCACCGCCACCUCCAUGGCCACGUCGAUGGCCACCUCCAUGUCCAAGUUCAGCUACACCACCGUCAGCACCACUGGCACCUGCUGAGCCUGAGGGAGAGCUGGGUGGUCACAUCGGUGGAUGUCGGGUUACUGUGUGCACCAUCUUAUUAUUUUUUUCUUCAAUCUCCUGUUUUUCCACUCUUCAUCUUAAUAUGCUGUGAGUCAUGUGCUGAGUAAUCUCCCUGCCCUCGUUCAUGAGGUCUUUUUAAAAGGUCUCGUUCAAAUUCUGUGUGCAUGGUUGCAGAAUGUGAGGCUGGGAAAACGCCGUUUCAGUUUUGAUGACAUUUGUUUUCCUCUGUUUCACUGGCAGUAUCCGCUUUGUUGCAUCCUGAAGAGAAAAUCAAGUGCCUGCGCUCUUUGUGUGGCUUUGUCAUGUUCGGUUGUUCGCUGGCUCAGACAGACAUUUUAGCGACUCCAUUGAAAAUAGGAAUCCUGUACAUGUGCUUACUGUCUUUAUGUUCUGACUGUGCCAAAGGUUCAUUUCUGACAGACAUACUGUUGAACAGUGAGAACUCUUUAACUCCGUAAUGAAUCAGUAUGGAUUUCAGCUCCUUUUGUGUUUAAUGUUGUGUCAUCUUCAUUCAUUGAGUGUAUCUCAGCCAUCAGAAUUAUUUCACUGACGGCUUCACUAAGUGACUUUGGACAUGUUGGGUCUGGAAUCAGAAAUCAUCCUCUUAAACCAAAAUAUAUCAAAGGCAGAGCUUCUAGCUCAUCUGUGAGAUAGUGUUUUGCUCGUAUUGUGUUUUGUUUCCUCAUAUUUUAUAUGUAAAGCAGAUUUCCUGCAACCAAAAGAUUUUUUUCUUGGGAUGAUUCUGUUGGCUGAUCUUUUGCAGAACCACUCUGUGAUUCAGGAUGAUACAGCAGGUGAAUCUUUAUAUAAGCUUCUUGAAGAUAAACAUCUGAAGACUAUAAUUUAGCCUUAUCCCUGGCAUACAUAAAUAGGAAAGUCUGGUGCAUAGAGUCAGGCAAUUUUCUUGUGUUGAUCCCUCGUGUAAUAAAAAAAAAAAACUUAAAUUAAACUUAAAUCUCCCGUCAGCUCUGCUGCAAAUGUUGAAUACUGAUGCAGACGUUAGCAUCAGUGUGUGAAUUAGCACGUAGUCCAUUCAUGAAGGGCUGAUAGCACCUGUUUGUUGCUCCAGUCUGCCCCCGCUACCAGUGGCACGGGAAAAGUGCUUUAGUCAAACACACCUUUUCUGCUCAAUUAUCUGUGUGGCUCUGUGGCGUCUUUCAUGUACUCUCUCUGCCUUCUGCUGCAGUGCCGCCAAUUACUCUAAGCAUUACCUAAGUACAAAGCUCCUGUUUCCAGGCUUAGACUAACGAGGUGUUUCUCAGGGACCCUCUCCUGCAGUGCAAACCUCACGGCUCUGCCUUUGUAAGACUGUCAACAAAUGUCUCUGCUCACACACUCCAUCCGAGCCCUUCAGUUCUGUGAUUAUUAUAAUAAGAACAAACUAGAUUUAUAAAGAACAUUUACACAAAGCAUGUAGCCCGAAGUGCGCUACAAGGACAAGCAGAAUAUCAGACAAGUAAAUGGUUGGGCAAAAACAAGUACAAAGUAACAUUAAUUACAAUAGUUAAAAUAUUAAUUGGAAAAAUAAUAAAAGCGCCCUAGCUACAGCUGGGAAACAGAUAGCUUAGUUUAGCAUAAAAACUAGAACACUAAUUUAGAUCAAAUGAAGCAUAAAUUCACAGCAGCUUGUUCAGGUUGUUUUUAUGUUGAAACUGUCAUUGUUAGGUUGUGGUAUCAAACGACACGUUGGACUUUGAGUGGAAACUGUUGCUGUAACUGUGGCAUUUCUUACUAUGGGUCAUGCUGUCUUUGUACUCGCCAUCUGUCAGAGAGACUUGGGAAACGUGACUCUGGCAAGACAACGUACAGUAUAUUCAUGUAUUCCUAAAGCUUUCCAGAAAAACUUAAAUGUUACAUAAAUCUUUUUUUAACCAUCUUUGGAGUCUGAGCUAAAGCAAACUUGCCCCAUGGAUUUCUCUCGAAAAAUGCAUACGAAGAUGAAGUAUGCCUACAAUCUGUUGAUAUUUUUUUAAAUUUAAGAGCUGUAGGCAGGUUAACUCCUUCCAUUGAUAGAUAUUAUUUUGAUAACAGGACAUAAUCUUCAUUAACAAAUUCCCAAAGAAAUCAUAAUGAAUUCAACUACUUAUGCCAAAACAUGGAUAUGGUAGUGUUACACUGAAUCAUUUAACACCCCAUUAAGAUAUGUCAUAGACCAAAUUUUAUCAGUUGGUCUCUGCAGCACAAAAGUAGGUGGAUUUGUGUUAAGCAGUGUGAUGUAAUAUUUUUGUCCUACAUGCAGUGUACGCUGACAGCUUAGUGCUGUUAUCUCCUCUAACACUUUCAAGUUUGAGUUCGGUCCUCCCAUCAACCAGCACUCCCCAUCCAGGCAGCCCCCCCCCCACCACCCUUUUAUCCUUUUCAGUGCAGAGGCGUAUGAAUACAUGAAUGACAAUAGCGUGUGGGUGACAGCAGAGAUUUGCAAGCACAAGCACUGUCCGAGAGCAGUUUACAGGUGGUGGCAGAGGUGGCAUCGAGUUCGGCUCGCAGGCAGACAAUUGGCGCACAAAAAUCCCCAACAGAGCUUUCCUUACAAACACUUGUUGUGGCGGCUUCCACUCUGUGUGUGCUUUUGUAAUUAAGGCAGGAGACAGUGAGUGAUUUCCAUGUCUUCGCCAGCACUUGGUGAACUGGAGAACCUGUGAAUUCAUUCAGGAUUUAUUUGACUGAUCUGUGCACCCUUUUAGCUUCCAUCAAAUUAGUAUUUAUUCUUAAUAUUUUGUGGACAAUAUGACAUUGGAGCCUGUAGCUUAAAGGAAAUUCAAACAGUUAAGUAUGCUAAAUGAUAAAGAAUGAUGAACAGAAACCUUUUAAUCCUGACUUGUUAUUAGUUUUUUAUUCCAUGGCCAGUAGAGUUACAAUUUCACAGAAUAAAUCUCAGUUUCCGGUCAUGUGCAUUAUGAAUGAACAGUGCAAAAAUGUCUGGGUAGCCUUGCUCACUUUAGGUUAUGGUAAAAGCAGCCCAGGAAGAUUUGCUCUGGAAAAUCUACUGUUUUUGUUGAAUUUUAUAUCUGUUUUGCUAUUCACCUCAGCAGGCCAGCAGGUUUAGAUAUGCAUUAUUAAAAUAAGCAACCCACACAGUCUUAGAGCUGCUACUUUUCUUAUUUUCAUACUUAGAGAGUCAAGCUAAGCUAGUUUUUACUCAGCACACUGGAAAUAAAUACAAGUUGUCAUUUCCUCACUUAAGGAUAUGCUAGUUAUUUUGCAUUGUCAUGUCAACACUAAAAUGUUGUCCUCCAUACAGAUAGAUUUGUCAGAAACAGACAGACAGAUAAUUUUGGUAUCAGUUCAGUGAGUGCAGUGAUCAGCCAAACAUGUAGGUGUAAUGUUUGACAGUUAAGACAGAACUGAAAUCUGAAUAAACUGUGGGUCUUUAAGAGGUUGGGAUUGGUUUUUAAAAUCAUUUUGGUAGAUGUGUUUAUUUGCUUUGUUGCAGAGACUUGCACAUCAUGUCUGUUGCUAAAUAUAGAACUACAGCUUAGCUUAGCUUAGCAGGAAGGCUGGGGAAAAUCACUAGCUUGGCUCUGUGCUAAAGUUCACUAAUUAACUGAUGGUUAUUUUGUUAUUUCUUCAGUCAGGCUACCUGUUUCCUCUUGCUUCCAGUCAAACUAAGCCAAACGGCUGCUGGCUUUAGCUUCAUAUGUAGUGUACAUACUUGGGCGCCGUGUCUUCUCAUUUAACUCUUGAUUAAAAAAAAGCGAAUAAAUGUCCCAGCUAUUCUUUGAAGGCUUUAUAGAGUACUUCCACUACUGCAGGGACCUGCUCGGUAACUGCAGAUGUCUCCCAAAACAAACAGCAGGCUAACCAAAAAAAAAAGAAAAGAAAAAAAAAAAGAUUUCUACCAUAACGCAGUAAGUUUACAGACUCCUAAAAACAAGGUAAAAAUGCUCCUGCAGGGGUGAGUAAUCUCAUUCUGACCCUGUCCCCUGAAUAAUGCCUGAUGCAAAUUGAAACUGAAAUGAGGCUGAGUUAUGGGACCUUGCACACAGUUGGUUUCUCUCUUAUCUGUACUUCCCUCAACAAGAAUCCCAUUAGGUGCUUGAGGCAGCACACGAGGAAAAAACAGCAAACCUCAUUUGCCUCUUUAGCUCCGCACACGACGCGUGGAGCAAAUUUUGAUCGUCUUUGGACACAAAAGAAGUGACGAGCACAAAAUAUAAACUGCAGUGUCAUCUUUCAUGAAUGUCACUUUCCUGGCAGUGAAACACAAACCUCCUCAUAUCUGUGAUGAUUCAUUUGUGCUCGCUUUAAAAAAACAGGCGUGCGGUUUGUGUCACGCUCGUCACUUUUUCAAGUUCUAUUUCUACAAGCACCAACAGACUGUUUGGGCAGAUAAUGUUCUAUUUAAGCUGCUCAUUAUGAUUUUGUCCUUAGUUUAGAUUUUCAUGUUUUCUUUUUAAUUGAGGGAUUGCAUGCUCCAAAGAAGCUCUGUUCACCUUGAGUUUAAAAAUGCUACAAACAGAGCUGCUUUUCUUAGUUCCUGGAAAGUUGACAGCUGGGAGUUAUAAGAUUUUCAGCCAGUAGCAAACACUGCAAAGUAGUAGAAGUAAAUUACAAGAAGUUGUUUCUCAAUUAUUUAUAAUAGCUACCUGGAGGAUGGCUGCGAGUAAAAUGUGCCCCUGCUGGAGUUUUUAUUUUGUUCCUUUGCAGAAUAAUUUGUAAUUGCAAAGACUGAUUUUUGUAGUUUCGCCUCAGGCACAGAAUGAGAUAUUUUGUUUUGGCCUUCGGGUUCUGCACCUGAGCAUUACCAAGAAACAUAGUUUAUGUGAGCUGUCAAAGAAUCUGCUCUCAUCUGUUCCUCUUCAUGUUCAUUCGGCCUUACAUGUCUUGUAAAAAAGGGGAAUACGGUAGCUUUCUCUGCUCCUCUUCCUUCUCAAAUGUUGGAGUAGACGAGCUGUUCUUUUCAAGAUGCUUCUCAACACCUUCCCAGGAAGUAUCUUGAGUGUUAACGUGUAUGUCAAGUUAAAGUCUCAGCUUCAAGGGAAAAAUCCCGCGACUAAACAAAGUGAGAAACGCUGAGGUGAAGAGCAGGCGCAGAGUUGAGGUGAUGAAAUCCCAUAUUUAGCUCUUAUUAGCAUUGGAAAUCCUUCUCUGAUUGUGAGGCUGUCCGUGUUUGUGCGUCUAAAUGCGAUCAAUGUUUACCAAAGCAGUCUCCAGGUCUGCUUAAUUCUUUUUUAAGUUUGCCACAUCUGGUGCCUGCUUGUUCGACAUUGUAAUAAUAUAAAAUGUGUAUCUGUCUAUUAGUUGAACUGGGGCUCACAUCUGUGAGAGGUUUUAAAUGUGAGGUUAUUGGUGUUUGUGAUGUUUUGCUUUCACUGUAUCUCCUGUAUGAUAUAGUUAUUAUGAUGCGGUCUUGAUAUCCGUGGUUUGGUUCAUGGUUACUGGCUAUACGUGCAGUAUUUUUCAUGCCAAAUGUCCAUUAUUUAACAAAAAAUAAAUACUGGGAAAAACGUGAGAGCAUCUGUGAUGACUUCUUCCUCUGAUAUAAAAUUUACUAAAUGAUAAAUCUGCCUUUGGAUUAGCAGCUCUCCACUGAAGUUUGCAAUACUUUCUCACCUCAAGCAGAGAAGAGCUGGACUGUGAAUAAGUAUUCAGUACUCAAACAUGAAAAAGGGCGAUGAAUAAUAAAAUAGCAACAAACAAUGGCAAGUCAGCGUCCCCAGCGAAUACACUCUGGUAUGAAUCAAAGUCCUCGAGGGAGGGGAGAGCCCUCAGGAAGUUCAAACUCACAUUUCACGGACUGGGAUGAGGAAGAGGCUGAAUGCUCAGGAGUCAUCGCCAUAGCAACACACCCGGCCACAACAUUAAUCUGUCGUCUUGGACCAGAAAACUGAGAAAAUGCACCUUCUUUUUUUUCUUUUUUUUUUUUCAAGCUAUUCUUCAGAGACGUGGAUCUUGCCCUGUGUGAAAACAGGAACGUAUUUGUUUUUUUCUCGUUUGCAGUGCCUGAGAAAAAGUCCAUGAAGGCUUUUUAAAUAUUUUACACAGUCAGAGCGCAGUGAAAUGUGACGUUUCCUGAAUAUUAAUGAUAUAGCUGUGCUGUUUACUGUUGUAAUAAUAUCCUUUAACGGCUGCUUUCUGCUCUAUGAGGAAUUCUAAACAUUUAAUACAUCUUUUCUUUUUGGCAAUAUUAAAUAAGGUUAUUAAAGUCUAUUGAUUUUGAAGGAGAGGUUAUUAUUCAUUGCCUCGACCUUAGAUAGUAAUGUUCAAGUAUUAGUUCUGUUUUAUUCUGCCAUUUGAAAGAGCAGACUGGAGUGUUUCACAGUGGAUCCCAAUAUUAUGUGGAUUUAAAAACAUGAAACCAGGAGAUCCACUGUGGAGUUAUACAGAAACAGGCGAGAGGCACAUUUGUAACAGUGUUUCCAGCUUUCAGUGUAACUUUAAAAUCCAUCAAAGGAAGGUAUAGAGGUGUCAGGAGACAUUUUCACUUGUCAUAGUAGGUAAAGUGCAUGACUCUGUUCUACUCGAUUGUCUCAGUAAGCCUGGACAGUGUGACAGUGAGCAUAUAGCCAUCACUCAUUUGUCACCAUCAUUCACCCAGGCCUUACAUUAUCAGUUUAACUGGGCACAUAGCCCGACAUGUAUCAACAUGAUGCAGUCCACGUCCCCUUCAGCCCGUUAUUAUAACAAUAACCCAGGACACAGACGUGCUAUCAAGCUGAUUUGGCGUCCUUUGAAACACCAA